GCCGGCGCGACGUCCGUCGUCGCCGCCGUCCGCGGCGACACGGUCAUCGUCGCGAACGCGGGCGAUUCCCGCGCGGUCUUGUGCCGCAAGGGCGUCGCCGUGCCGCUGAGCGAGGACCACAAGCCCGCGAACGCGGGCGAGUCGGAGCGCAUCCUCGCCGCCGGCGGCUUCGUCACGGCCCAGGGCCGCGUCAACGGCAACCUCAACCUGUCGCGGUCGCUCGGGGACCUCAAGUACAAGGGCAACAAGGCGCUCGGCCGCGACCGGCAGAUGAUCACGGCCGAGCCCGACGUCGCGGUCCACACGCUCGUCGCCCGCGACGACGAGUUCAUGGUCCUCGCCUGCGACGGCGUCUGGGACGUGCUGUCGAACCAGGAGUGCGUCGACUUCGUCCGGGAGCGCAUCGCGACGACGCCGCCCGCGGUGAUCGCGGAGCAGAUCUUCGACCGGUGCAUCGCGGACGACCCCAAGACGACCCAGGGCAUCGGCGGCGACAACAUGACCGCCGUCAUCGUCAAGUUC